UAUUUUUUAAUUAAUAAUUUUGAAUUUGAAAUUUUAAUUUUGUUUAGAAGCAUCCGCAAGAGGUGCCCUGAUAUAGUUGCACCAGUUUCUACCAUGUAAAGUCGGUCCUGGUUUUGCAUAAUUUAAAGCUCCUGGAGUCUACAUUUGUCCACAAUUUUGGUCGACGAAGACCAGAGUGGAGCAAAGUCAGAUUGACGUUGUUCAAUGAUUGUUGUAUAGUUUCAUGAUUUGUGUGUGCGCUUGAUCUCAAAGAAAAGAUUCGAUAUCGGUCUUUGUAGAAUAUUCGUUAGAAAUCGCCCGUACGGAUAUACGACAAUCUAUGUUCAUCGUAGCAUAGUAAAGAAACGAAAACAAACAAUCGUGUGGGACACGGUUGAAUCUUUCUCGAAGAAUCUCCAAAGAUUGUAAAGCGUGCUGCGAACGAUAUAUCGCUGCAAGCAACGUUUCAGAUUUUCGUCGGUUGCAUUUGUAUCUCGAUCAUUUAAACGCGUUUUUAUUUUUUUUUUUUUUAUUAAACUGACCGAUAGAGGUUAGCGUCUGGCAUAAGGUUCAAGGAUUCGAAUCGUACGACCUAAAAGUGUUUCGAGACUUGUUUAUUACGCGUCUCAUCUUUUUGUUCGCGACUUGUGCCAAAACUGACUGUUUCGUAACAGACGAAUGCGUUUUUGAAAUUCUUCGGGGAACUGCCUCAACGCAUAUUCGAAGCUGAAGUACGUUCUUUCGACUUCUUCGUGGUUCCAAAUGACACAUUAUCCAUGGAACAUAAAAUGCAUUCUCCUCCGGUUCAGAACACAAUGGGUGGAGUGAAUCUUCAUACACCUCCGUCGAUAUUUCAACACAUGAUGGGACAGCAGAAUGUUCCUCAACAGUCUCCAUUGUGGAUGCAAAUGCCACAAGUGCCUCCAAUGUCGAUGCCAUGGAGUGUAUCUUCUCUACACCAACAAGAAUUAGUCAGAUUUACAGGUGAACCCAGCUUCAAACCCAUCAUCCAUCAGAAAAGAAAACUUGAAACUCCUGAUCUGCUAGAUAUGAGACAAACAAAACAGUUUAUAACAGAAGAAAAGAUGACUGCACAUUUUAAAGAUUUGCACAUUAGUUCUCAAUAUCAACCACAAUCUCCAGGGCCAUCAACAUCAACAGCUGACAUGCAAACAGUUCCUUCUAGACAGAUCACUGUGGACCUAGAAAUGGAUACAGCCCAUACUGUUGACACGGAGCAGGUAAAAUCUGGACACUGCAGAUUGAUUCUUUCAGAAGAACUCAAAAGAGUGCAACCAGAACCAAUGAUUCCACCUUCGUUGUUGUCUAAAUUGGAGAGGCCCUCCAUGGCUCUAGUCCUUUGGGAGCCUCCGAGCAAACACCUUCGUAUUCUUCCAACACGAGAUUCGCCGGCUGGAGUUUCCAAUGCGGCUGACGAUAAUAAUAAUAAUAACAAUAAUAAUAACGACGGAAUUCCAGAUUUAAAUCAAACAUUACCAAGCAAUGCACCAGUUUACGAACCAAUGGAAUUAUGAAAGUAAUUCAUUAGCAAGUCACUUCUCAUUUUUGUAUAUUGUUAGAUCAAGGGGGAAAUUAUAUCGUGUUUUAACAUAAGUGUAGAUUUUGAAGAAGACAAACAAAAAUAUAUGUCAUCCCUUGUAUUUUUAAUUCAACACUGUCGUGCUUGUGUAAUAUUGUAAAUUAGCGAAGGUAUGAAAAUUUUUUUACUAAUAGAAAGUACUCUACAUCGAUUAAUUAAUGAUUCGAUGGGAAUUCGUUACUGC